AUGGGUCCAAAAGUCAUAGAGAACACGACGCUGCACGACUAUUAUGCCGUCCUUCCAUCGCCCGCUCAUGGUCACCAAGAGUGCGGCAUGACACAGCUGCCACAGAUGAAUGAAUUUGGCCUGGACUCGAUCAGAGAGGGUGAUGAGGACUCCUUCUGGGAUUUGACUGGCCCCCCUUCGAGUGGUACCCUCGACCUUUGUGGCGACAUCCCAGACGACGACCUGGACGCUAUGCUACAAGCUGGAAGACCUGUCUCUACCAGCCAGAGCAAUGGCCGGGGUGAUGAACAAGAGGUACCUUUUCAGGACAACUUCGAACCCGUCACACCGAGCCAGACACAAAAAAGACCGGAUGGCGGCAGCACUCAGCUGCUUGAUCUGGAGGUGACAGACGCCGAGCUAGUGGACAUGGACGAAAUGAUCAACCUGGACGCCUUCUCCAUGACCCCUGGAUUAACACAUAUGUCCUCUGAAACGCAAGUUGGCGACCAGGAACCGGCUGUAUUGUCGCCAUCGCAGUCAAGCGACUCAACGAUACCCCAAUUCGACUGGACACUCGAGCCUUCUAGGACCUGCUUUCGGUUGGCCGAUCUGAAGAUCCUGCGAGAGUCCAAGCAGUUUGAAUCUUCACCUUCCACGGUGUUCGAACUAUUCGCCAGGGUCGUUCAUUCAGCGCGGGAGAACUUUGGACAUCGACAAUACUUUCAGUUCCAAGAUCUCUUGAGGGCUGAGCCGCCGUACGCGACAGGCGUGCUUGCCGGGUGGGAUGCGGGCGGACCUGUUGACAUUAUGGCGCAGGAUUUCAGGGAGAUUCCGCCAGCUGGACGCAAAUGUUACUGCCGGUGCAGGCUGACCAGGGAAGAGAGAUCGCCGUUUGGCUGGGCGCUGGCCAUUGUCGAUAUUCAAGAGGCAACCUGGGCCAAGAUUCGACCGGUCAUGGCCGCAUUGGGCAAGGCACAUUUGCUCGAGCGUGCUGCUCUGGGAUGA